AUGGCGAACAUGGCGAUGGACAAGGGAAGCAUGGGAAACAAGGCAAGCAGGGAUCUAAACAUGGUGGACACGCUUCUGGGCAUGGUAAUGGACAUGGGAUGGGAGGGCAACUUUGAUCACACAUUUUUUCUGAAAAGAUUUUUAAUGAAACAAAAUAAAACUGAUCCGUCUCAAUCAAGAUCAAAAUUUAGAAUGAUUGUUAAGAAUUAA